CAUGGCGGUGCCCUUCACGCAUAUUCGUUUUCUGCUGCUCAUGCAGGUCGUGUGUCGUGGUGCUUCAUCGCUAUUGCAACGCAACGUCAGCAAAGACACGGAACAUCCCCCACCAUCGGCUACGCCUGUUUUCGCCUUCAACUCGGAUCUUCUCGACGACACCACUCUCGCAACGUGUCCUGCACCCGUUUCUGGCCAGUGUCCGAUCCCUGCCUACGAACCUUGGGAGGACAGUUUCGGUGUUUUCAGCCUACAAAAGGCGGAAAUCGACAGUCUCGGCUUGGGGCGUGGAACCGGCACAGUCAUGGCGGUGCCCUUCACGCAUAUUCGUUUUCUGCUGCUCAUGCAGGUCGUGUGUCGUGGUGCUUCAUCGCUAUUGCAACGCAACGUCAGCAAAGACACGGAACAUCCCCCACCAUCGGCUACGCCUGUUUUCGCCUUCAACUCGGAUCUUCUCGACGACACCACUCUCGCAACGUGUCCUGCACCCGUUUCUGGCCAGUGUCCGAUCCCUGCCUACGAACCUUGGGAGGACAGUUUCGGUGUUUUCAGCCUACAAAAGGCGGAAAUCGACAGUCUCGGCUUGGGGCGUGGAACCGGCACAGUCAUGGCGGUGCCCUUCACGCAUAUUCGUUUUCUGCUGCUCAUGCAGGUCGUGUGUCGUGGUGCUUCAUCGCUAUUGCAACGCAACGUCAGCAAAGACACGGAACAUCCCCCACCAUCGGCUACGCCUGUUUUCGCCUUCAACUCGGAUCUUCUCGACGACACCACUCUCGCAACGUGUCCUGCACCCGUUUCUGGCCAGUGUCCGAUCCCUGCCUACGAACCUUGGGAGGACAGUUUCGGUGUUUUCAGCCUACAAAAGGCGGAAAUCGACAGUCUCGGCUUGGGGCGUGGAACCGGCACAGUCAUGGCGGUGCCCUUCACGCAUAUUCGUUUUCUGCUGCUCAUGCAGGUUGGUGCCAGCUUCUCUAAAUGUUCUAAAUUUCGUUUUGCUCUUCUGCCGGUUCCACCCCAUGUUGUAUUUGCUAACGUUAGAUCACGCGGCUUGACCUGCCGAUUUCGGAGAGGUUUCGUGUUGUUGCACAAUUACGCUUUCUAUUUCUUAUUGCUACUGCUGUGCGGUGACGUUGAAUUAAAUCCCGGCCCUCUUUCUGUCGCGCAAGAAAAUCAGCUAGUUGAAGCAAUGCAACUAAUUCCAAGUAUGCACGAAGGACAAAAGACUGUAAUAAACGAACUGAAAGCCAUCAAAGAUUUGCAAACCACAUUCGAAAGAAAACUGGAGGGCUUAUUUUCUCGUAUAGCCAUAAUUGAGAGCGAUGUGGCUGCAAUUAAACCACUGAGGGGAGAAUUUGAAGAACUUAAAGCGUCAAAUCGGGAACUCGAUACGCAGCUUAGAACAACAGCUUUACGUCAAGAAGAACUGGAAAAUCAAUCUCGGAGAAACAACCUGCUCAUCUACGGUUUGCCCGACGUGGCGGCUGAAACCUGGGAAGCUUCAGAGGCUAAGGCUUUAUCUUUUUUCGCCGAUAAGCUCGAUAUACACCUUGAAGCUACUAGCAUUGAACGAGCGCACAGGAUUGGCCGCUUUGCUGCUGAUAAAAACCGCCCUUUGAUUUCGAAGUUCCUGUCAUUUAAAGACAAGCAAAGGGUUCUUUCCAAGGCCUUCAAACUAAAACGAAGUGGUUUUUCUAUAAGCGACGAUUUUUCCCCUGCAGUACAGUUUGCAAGACGCAGACUUCUAGACUACGCCAGUGAGCAGAACGCGCAAUUUAAAUUGCGAUACAACAAGUUAACUAUAGGCAACAAAACGUAUAUGUACGAUCCAGAUAAUGACACUGUGUUCGAAAGUGCCCGGUAACCACCAAAGCAUACAAGCGGAAAUGGAGAACUUAGCUUUCAAAAACUAGUCUUCAUAACUGUUAACUGCAGAAGUGUUAAAAACAAAAAAAGACGAACUUGCCUUUCUUCUGAAUUCAACACAGGCUGAUGUGGUUAUUGGUACGGAGUCGUGGCUUGAUGGUUCUGUAGACAGUUCUGAAAUAUUUCCUGCUAACUAUGAGGUCUACCGCAAAGAUAGAAAUCUAAGGGGCGGGGGUGUGUUCUUACUUGUGUCUACAGACCUACCAAGCACAGCCCUUGAAUUUCACGACUGUAUUUGCGAAU